AUGGCGGCGCCGCCGCCAGAGAAGAGGCCCCCUCGCUCGCUCUUCGAACUCCCCUCUGACUUCUUCGAUUCAUCCGUCCUCCUCCGGGCUCACCCCUCCACGGCCCCCUUCGCGGUGGAACCGUCCGAACGCUCCCAACCGCCGCCGACUCAGCAGCAGCAGCAACUUUCAGAGGCUGCGGGGUCCAGGUGGACGUGCAACACCUGUGCCGCCGAGUUCGAGUCGCUACAGGAGCAGCGCGAGCACUUCAAAUCCGACCUGCACCGCCUCAACGUUAAGUUGAGCAUUGCUGGUAAAACUAUUAUAACGGAAGAGGACCUAGACAAAGCAGAUUCUGAUUCUCUGUUUGAUGAUUUGGAGAUAUCUAGUGUCUCUGGUUCAGAGGACGAACAAGAAAAUGGACCUGCAUCAGAACGUGUACUCUCAGUUAAAGGCAAGGAAGAAUUCAGGAAGAAACUUUACUUUCGCCGUGCAUCGGGUGACACGAUUUCUAUCUAUAGAUGCAUGCUGUUGAAAGAACAUGAAGAACCAUUAAUUGAUUGUAAGUCUGGUCAGAUGGAUAAUGCAUCUUGUGUACCGGAGGAGGAGAUGAUAAAUAGGGUGAAGCGUUUGACUUGUGAACCUCGUGACGUGUCACAUUUGAGAAUUGUUAUACUAACAAGCGGUGGACAUUUUGCUGGGUGCGUUUUUGAUGGAAAUUCCAUUGUAGCUCAUAAAACAUUUCAUAGGUAUGUCGUAAGAGCAAAGGCUGGGAAGAGGCAAUCUGGAAAAGAUGCUACUGGAAAAGUUGCACACUCAGCAGGCUCUUCUCUACGGCGCUAUAAUGAAGCAGCACUCAAAAAGGAAGUUCAAGAAUUAAUUGUUUCAUGGAAGUCAUACUUUGAGACAUGUGUUUGUUCCUUCAUUUAUGCUCCAUCGAAGAACCGCCAGAUGCUCUUCGAUGAGGAGAAGACUCGGUCAGUAAUUCAGUCUUGUGAUAUUCGUCCAGUUCCAUUGACUGUCCAUCGUCCCACCUUGAAGGAAGCUAAGCGGGUAUAUUGUAACCUAACACAACUCUACUAUGAGAUGGAAUGUUCAACCACAGAUGAAACCUUACCUGAUGCUGGAAGUGUGAAAAAUAUUGAACAAAGUCAAGGAAAAAAGAAGGAAGUGGCCGCAGACCCUGAGGAAUCUAUUUCGGACUUGUCUGCCAGUUUGGAAUUGUUGAAUAAGAAUGAAGCAGCAACCAUACCAUCAUCUAAGAACGAAAUAACACCUCUUCAUGAGGCAGCAAAGUUUGGCAAUGCUCAGCUGACUCUGGAGUUACUUGAGCAGGGUUUGGAUCCUUGCAUAAAAGAUGCAAGAGGAAAGACACCUUAUUCGCUGGCUUCAGAUAAGGAAGUUAGAAAUACAUUCAGAAGAUUUAUGGCGCUCAACCUCGACAAAUGGGAUUGGCAUGCCGCAGAUGUACCUAGUGCACUAACAAAAGAAAUGGAAGAAUCACAAGCUGCGAAACAAGCAGACAAGGAUGCCAAAAGGAAAGCACGUGCAAAGGAAUUGAAGAAAUUAAAAAAAGCAAGAGAAAAGGAAGAGAAGGAAAAGGAGAAGGCUAAGGCUGAAGCAUCACAAUCACAAGCUGAUGUUAAAGGCACUUCAAGCGGCCAAAUGGCCAACAGAACUGCAUCUGUGCCAGGCCUUAAACCAAAGCAUCAGACGCCACAGCAAAUACUUAUAGCAAAGGAGGAGGAACGACAGAGAAAACAAGCUGAAGAAAGAGAGAAGAGAGCAGCUGCAGCAGAGAGAAGACUUGCAGCUCUCGCUGCCCAAUCUGCCGGAGCCGGCGCGUCAGGUGCAGCAGCAACAAAUUGCUCCGCACAGAGGGCAGUACCAGAUGACAAUUCGUGUUCGUGCUGUUUCGCUUCCUUGGCUGGCAAGGUGCCAUUCCACCGAUACAACUACAAAUAUUGCAGCGCUACAUGUAUGCAUCUUCAUUCAGAAAUGCUGCAAGAUGAUUAA